CUUAAAGGCAAUUAUAAUUCGACAUAACUUUUAUCUUUCUCUCUCCUCCGUCAACAGCCCCCUUCUCUCUCACCUCAACACUUAAACUCGCCGCUUCUCCCAACUGACCCAGUCGACUCGAUUCCGGCACCCAGCCGGAGCGUUGAGUCUUAUCCGCCACUGCCAAGCUCCUUCGACGACGUCCCGCCCUCUCCGUCUCCGGGUCUCCUUGCGUUCGUUGGCAUCAUAAGCCAUAAGGUAUCACAGAGAUUUCGAGUGUAGUGCUCCGGAGGCAGCCUAUUUCACUGUUCUCAAAUUUGAAUUUGCUGCUAAAGUAAUCGAUGUGCAUCCCAAAAUAGUGUUAUCAUCACUGAAGGACAAACUCCCGCCGCUAGCCAUCCCUCUCCCCCAAACCAAAUCCCUCAAUUAUUCGUACCGCUUUUAGGCCUUGCUACCAUCACGGCCUUUCCUUUGCAGUUCAGACUUCAGGGUUCUUCUUCUUGCCUUCUUUUUGCAAAUAUGAUUAAGCUCUUCUUCUUCUUCUUCUUCUGUAAGCGCUAAAUGUCGUCCUUUCAGAAGGAGACACGUGGUGACAACGUUCUUAUUUCGUUGGAUAAGCAAGAAUUUUUAACAGGGAUUACUAUAGCCUGUCGGGUUGUAUUUGUUACAUAACAAAGUAAAGGUCAUCAUUCUCUGCCUUUCAACAAGGUUAGUAGGUCUUCAUGUAAAAGCUUCUCUUUUCUCUGUUAAUGGAUUGAAACCCAGUUCUCCUUUUCAUCAUACAAAAUUUGGGUUACCCAAUCAUUUCAAUUACUAGAGGCUGAAAUAUUUUUGAGGUCAUGAGUAAGUUCCCAUUUCGUGGGUUUUCAACUUUUCUAAGUUCAACUGAGAAAGAAUCUAUCACUACUGAACCUAUAAUUUCUGGGAUUUUGAGGAGAAGGAACUGGAAUCCGAUUCCAUUACCCCACAGAAUGAUUCCCGAACCCCAUGGACAAGACCUUGAUUUUGUUAAUGUUUGCCACAGCCAUCUAAUUCAUUCCGAAUGGACUAAGCUUGACUCUAUAUCGAAUGGCUUGACCGCAUUUAGGGUAAAGCACCUUCUUUUAAAGAUUCAGAAGGACCAUGUUCUUUCACUUGAGUUUUUCAACUGGGUUGGGACUCAGAAGCCUAGUUUGCAGACUCUGGAAACCAUUUCCAUUAUUCUCCACAUUCUCACCAGAAACCGUAAAUUUAAGUCCGCGGAAGCAAUUUUGAGGACCAUUCUUGCCUCAGAUUCGAUAGACUUUCCUUCUAAGUUGUUUGAAGCACUAGUAUAUUCGUAUAGGUUAUGUAAUUCUUCUGCUUUUGUUUUCGACUCCCUUUUCAAGACUUUUGCGCAUAUGAGAAAGUUUAGAGAUGCCACUGACACUUUCUGUAGAAUGAAGGAUUAUGGCUUUUUGCCAACGGUUGUGUCCUGCAAUGCAUAUAUGAGCUCUUUGCUUGGUCUUGAUAGAGUUGAUAUUGCAUUAGCAUUCCAUAGGGAAAUGCGGCGCUAUCGGAUUUCACCGAAUGUUUUUACUCUUAAUAUGGUAAUGUGUGCUUAUUGUAGGCUUGGUAAGUUAGACAAGGCUGCUGAGGUUUUUGGUGAGAUGGAGAAUAUGGGUUGUAGUCCUACUGUUGCAUCCUAUAACACACUGAUUUCAGGAUACUGUAAUAAAGGUCUUCUGAGCGUGGCUAUGAACCUCAAAACAUUGAUGGGGAAGAAUGGCAUACACCCUAAUGUGAUUACUUUUAACACUCUUAUCAAUGGUUUCUGCAAAGAAGGGAAAUUACAUGAAGCAAAUAGACUUUUUAGUGAGAUGAAGGCCAUAAAGGUGGAUCCUAAUACUGUAACAUACAAUAUCUUAAUAAAUGGGUAUGGCCAAGAGGGUAGUUGUGAAAUGGGUAGUAGGCUUCAUGAGGAGAUGUCAAGGAAUCGAGUAAAGGCUGAUAUUCUGACCUAUAAUGGCUUGAUUUUGGGACUAUGUAAGGAAGGCAAGACAAAGAAAGCUGCAUAUCUGGUUAAAGAUCUUGAUAAGGAGAACUUAGUUCCAAAUGCAUCUACUUUCUCUGCCCUGAUUAGAGGGCAAUGUGUGAGGAACAACUCUGACCGUGCCUUUCAGAUAUAUAAAAGCAUGGUCAGGGGCGGUUGCCAUCCGAAUGCACAUACUUUCGAAAUGUUGAUUUCUACCUUUUGCAAGAAUGAAGAUUUUGAUGGAGCAGUCAAAGUCUUAAAGGAAAUGUUUUACAGAUCUGUGAUUCCUGAUUUGGAUAUAUUGUAUAAGCUUUGUGCAGGACUAUGCCAGGAUGGGAAACAAAAAUUGGUCCUGUUAUUAUGCUCUGAGAUGGAAGCUAGGUGCCUUGUACCUCAAGGUUUUGACAAAGAUAAGAUUACCUGCUCGGGACAUAAUAAUGAGAGCCAAGCAUUCAGAGAUAACUUUUAAGGAUCCAGAGGACGAAUCUACUGAAGUAACAUAAUUGAUGAUGAUAAUAAAUAUCAGAUUGCUUCAUUAAUUAAGUUAUGUUUUACUGUACUGUAAGUAUUUCUGCCAUUCCAAUAUUAAUAUUCUAGGUGACAGUUAGCAAAUUUUUCGAUGACAGUUAUUUAUGAUGAAUGCUAAUUAUGGUUGGUACGUAUUUUUCUUACAGUCCGACAAUUGUUUAGUUUUACUAAGACACUUAUUUUAUAUUUAUAAAUGGGUAUUACUAUAGUAGUGAUUGUUUUUAAUCACUACUGAUAAGCAUUUUUAGUAUUUUUGGCAUAUGAAUAAGUUGUAAGUCUUUUUUUUUACAUGAUGGAGUAUAAUGUAGUUACUUAAGAUUUCUCACAAAUUUUUAGUAAAUUAUGAAUAAUUUAGUAUGCUGAAAUCAUGAUUUAAACAGCUUGUUGCAUGUGUACUUGCUUUGAUAUUUAUAGUUGUUUCGAUAUUUAUACUCACGUGUAACAAAUUAUUUGAAUCCUAAUUUCAGCAUCUAUAGUAUACGGAAUUUCCUAAAAUUUUGUGAGAGGUUCCUAACUAUGUUUUACACUGCUACUUAAAAAAAAUAAGUUGGAACUUUUCUAUAUAACGAAAGUACUAAAAGUAUUUAUAGGUAGUGUAAAAACAAUUACUACCUGAUAAUUUUCUCAUAUAUAUAUAUUUUGGCAAUAUUUUUAUUAUUUAUAAUUGAAUUUUUUUUGACAAAAUACUUAUAUUUGAAUUUAACAAUAUUAGUUAGGUAAUUAUUGAUAGUUUUUUUAGAAUGAAUAGUUUCUAUUUUAUUAUUUUAAUAUUUAUAUUUUGUUUUAUUACAGGUAAAAAAUCACACAUUAUUAUUAUUAUAUAUAUAAAAAAGUAAUUUAGGAAGUUACAGGUGUCUUAUUAUCAUGGUUAUCGUUGUUAUUAUUGGCAACACGAUGUUUCAUUAGACAAUGGUGAAUUGUGCUUGCAACCCAGUAUGAUGGCAAUAUAUACUUGCGUAAAAUCGGUGAAGGUGUAUGGAUUAAUCAUAAAAAUUGAGGAAAGGAAGCUUACAAAAUAUGUGAAAGGGAACUGCUGGAAGCAAGGGGAAAAACGAAUUCUGAAAGGGGCGUGUUGCUACUUCAAUGCUGUAGCAUCACUACACAGCAAUGCAAGGGAUCAGGCAGGUAACGUGGCUAGAAGACAGCUGGACUUAAUGAGUGAAAUCAGCGCCUAUGUGGCUAGAAUUUUAAUAACUUAAGUCAGCUGGGUGAUGUGGCACUUGGAGGACAAUGUGGGAAUUGACUUUCCUAUUAGGGUAAAGGAAAGUACCCUAAGAGGAAGGGAGGAGCCCAAAAGAAGAGAGACCCCCAUUAUUGAAGAUAUUCUGAAUUGUUUAAAGGAAAGUACCCUAAAAGGAAGGGAGGAGCCGAAAAGAAGAGACCCCCAUUAUUGAAGAUAUUCUGAAUUGUUUAGAGAGAAGUACACAGAGAAAAGGGAGGACGAAAACAGAGAAAGGAGUACCAAAAAGAGGAGAAGAAGGCAGACGCACUGAGGGGGACUUGAGCUCACCAACUCAUCUCUCUCUCUAAUCUUUCCCUCUCAUUUUGUAUUAAUUUUCUAUCUAGUUUUUCUACUCAAACUCUAUGGAACUUCUACUUUCUGGUUAUGUGUUUGUAAUUUCAGUUAUGAACUAAGUUUUUAAGAGAUUUGGGUGGUUAUGAACCCUUUGUAUGAAGUAAUAGUUUGAAUGCAUGGUUAGAGUAAUUAUAUCA